GGCUAUAAAAGCCGGACGUGUUGACCACAGACGGUACCUUCUGCACCACAGCACCGACGUCUUCACGUGACCUCAGCCAACACAACCAGCAUCAUGAUGACCAAACUCGCCAUCUGCCUGUUCGCCAUGCUGUUUAUCCAGCUGUCUCUUCAACAGACUACCCCAGCCACUGAGAUCUGCUCCCAAGCACCAGACGCCGGAUCAUGCAGAGGUGUGUUUCCACGAUUCUACUACGACCCAGUCAGCGGUACUUGCGCUGAGUUUUUCUAUGGCGGAUGUGGCGGCAACUCUAACAACUUCCUCACUGUUGAAGAUUGCCAGGCCCUCUGUAAACCAGCUAGAAAAUAACAAGUCUGUCCCCAUCAUUUACAAACUGAUUUAGGAUUUAUGGAAAAAAUAUUGUUUGGGCCGCAUCUUUUAAUUCUGAAAAAAUAUUGAAACUGUAAUAAAUGAUUAAAGUCUGUUGAAAUGUAA